AUGUUAAAACACGCUGUGAGAACGGCCGUAGAGCUAAAGAGGUUACCACCCGAAAAACGGUUAUCAAUAGCCCAUAGCACUUUGCGGAGAGACAGUACCGCCAUCAGAGGAUUUGACAGAUGUAAAAUUGAUCUAAGAAGAAGUAACUCUCUGUCAUGGCCGAAUUCCAGGACGACAGAUGAAAUUUCUCAGAUCGAUUAUCCAGAUAUAGAACAAAGAAGAUUGCAAAAUUCACCGCUGAUGGAUCAUCCGCAGCAUAGAAGUAUCAACAUCAUGUUUGAAGAUGCUUAUGCACAAAACAUCCCAAGACAAAAUUUGUAUCACAAGUGCAGUAGAGGUUCUCAUUCAUCAGAUACUAGCUCCGCGUAUAGCGGAUCAGACACCAUGGCCUCCACCCAUUCCGACGGCGAUGACCUGGAUCUCACCGGGCUCGUGGAGAGCAUCGUCGACAGCGACGAAGAAGAUGACUUGACGGAAAGUAUGGAUAGUUUAACCGUACGGGACAGAGUAAGAGACUGCUUAGAAAAGGAACCCUCAGAACGAACUGAAGAUGACAUUGAGGCCCUUUUGGAAUUCACGCAACACUUGAAGGCCUUCACCAACAUGACGCUAGCGGUCAGAAGAGCUCUGUGCGCCGUUAUGGUAUUCGCGGUCGUAGAAAAAGCGGGAACCAUAGUUAUGAACGACGGCGAGGAACUAGACUCUUGGUCGGUACUGGUUAACGGAUCCGUAGAGGUGGUUAUACCAGACGAGCCGAGUCAGACUCUCUAUAUGGGUGAUGCUUUCGGCAUUCUGCCCACAAUGGACAAACUUUACCACAAAGGAGUUAUGAUUACGAAAUGUGACGAUUGCCAGUUCGUUUGUAUUACCCAAUCGGAUUAUUACAGAAUAUUACAUCAAGGUGAAGAAAAUACACGACGGCAUGAAGAAGACGGUAAGCUAGUCUUAAUAACGGAGUUAAGGGGUUCCAUGGAACCUGGCAGUAACAGACGAGGACACGUUGUCAUACGAGGCUCACCAGAUCGGCUUAUGCAACAAUUAAUCGAAGAAAACUCACUUACCGAUCCAACUUACGUAGAAGACUUCUUGUUAACCCAUAGAGUGUUUAUACAAAGUCCGUUGUACGUAGCCAACCAACUCUUGAAUUGGUUCAAAGAUACUGAAGUUCGAGAUAGAGUUACAAGAGUGGUUCUGCUGUGGGUUAACAAUCAUUUUACCGAUUUUGAAACGGAUCCAGAUAUGAUUGAAUUCCUGGAAACUUUCGAACAAGGUCUUGAAGGCGAAAAAAUGGUAGGACAACUGCGCCUUUUGAACAUAGCUUGUGCAGCUAAAGCUAGGAUACGUAACGUGGUUCUAGCUAGACCGAACAGAGACGAACCAUUAAGUUUCCAGAUAGUUGGAGGAUUCGAACGUAAUUUCGGUAUUUUCAUUUCAAAGGUCGAUAAGAAAUCGAAAGCUGAGGAUGUCGGAUUGAAGCGAGGCGAUCAAAUUCUCGAAGUUAACAAUCACAGUUUCGAGCACAUGUCUUUGGCGAGAGCUCUGGAUAUCCUACGCGGGACUACUCAUUUGAGUAUCACGGUUAAGUCGAAUCUACUGCAUUUUAAAGAGAUGCUUAACACUCCAGAUAACUCGCCUAGACCUAGAAGUCGGAAGGUUUCGGAGAUUACAAAACUUCCUCCUGAUCCGAGAGCGAGGCUGUCUAGUGUCGAUGGAAACCUAAUUCUUACCCACGAGCCUCCCUCUUCACAGCCCGUCACUAUUUGCAGCCCCGCGAAGGAAAGCAAGAAGCAGAGUUUCAUGACUUUGGGACGACUGCAGAAGGCUUUGAUGAAGAUGAGUAUAUUCCCUAAAAACAUGAUCAACGUUGGCUUGGGUCAUGAUCAAGUGGAUAGUUUUAAUCCUCCUUCGACUUUGGGUUCGAAUCUCUACCAGUCACAGAGUAAUCCUGAUUUAAUGUCUAUUUGCUAUGAUGACUUAAGAGUAACGGAUUAUCCGGAACAUGUGUUAAAGGUCUACAAACCCGAUCAAAGCUACAAAUACCUCCCAGUCAACAAAGAAACGACCGCUCACGAGGUCGUGAUGCUCGCGAUCAAAGAAUUCGGAAUGACGGACCUCAGCAGUAAUUUUAGCCUCUGCGAGGUGUCAGUAACGGACAACCAAACUAUCAAACAGAAACGUCUUCAAGACGAUCUCCAAAAUUUAGCGGAAAGAAUAGGAUUAAGUAGUAGGCAGAUAGAGCCCACGGAGUACAUCGACGAUCUCUUCGAACUGAAAUCAAAAUACGGCACGGCGAUGUUAGAACAAUUCGCCGCACUGGUUAACAAAGAAACUUUCUGGGUGGUGUCCGAAGUGUGCUCCGAACACAACCCCGUCAGGAGGAUGAAGAUUAUUAAACAGUUUAUCAAAGUUGCAAGGCAGUGUAAGGAAUGCAAAAACUUUAAUUCGAUGUUCGCCAUCAUAAGCGGAUUGGGUCACGGCGCCGUAUCCAGAUUAAGGCAAAGUUGGGAUAAACUUCCCGGGAAAUACCAGAGGGUGUUUUCGGAACUGCAGCAGCUCAUGGACCCUUCGAGAAACAUGAGCAAAUAUCGUCAAUUAGUGAGCGCCGAACAAACUCAACCGCCAAUUAUACCAUUCUAUCCGGUGGUGAAAAAAGACUUAACUUUCAUACACCUAGGCAACGAUUCCAAAGUUGAAGGCCUAAUAAAUUUUGAAAAACUCCGGAUGAUAGCUAAAGAAGUCAGAUCUCUGAGCAACAUGUGCAGUAGUCCAUACGAUUUACUUACGAUGCUCAAACUGGGCGGGCAACCGGCCAGUCAAGCGACGGUAAAAAGGAGGAAGAAAUCGGCGGCAGCUCCGAACCACAAAAAGAUGUUCGAGGAAUCGCAGAUGGUGCGUCGAGUGAAGGCCUAUCUGAACAACCUGCAAGUGGAAACCGACGAGGCUAAGCUGCACGAGAUGUCGUUGGAGUGCGAAAGUCCAGCGACGGGUGGACUAGCGGGUCCUGGAACUCAGAGAUCUAAGAGACACGCUUCGCCUGCGCCGUCUACCACUAGUAGCACGAGUAGUGCUAGCGAUGAACGGAAACCCACUGCUAAAUUUGGUUCGGCUUCACCACAAGCAGUCCGGAAAUUAUUGGCAUUAUCGGAACCGACUAAAACGAGACCCCAUCAGCCUCGUGUUCCUUCUCAUGGUCUUAGUCAGGCUAGCCCUGCUGUCAGAAGGGCGCCCAGUGCCACGGGAAGUUACUCUAGUUAUGGGUCCCACAGUUCAACGAGUAGUUCGGGCGCUGGCGGAAGAGCAAUGCACGAGAGAUCUCACUCCGAUACACCCACUCCUCUCCCCUCCGUAGCUCUAUCUGCCGAGAGCAGCAGCGUUACAUCGCUGAGUAACUUGCCUUUAAGAAAAACUGUCACAUCAGGUUCGGUCUCCUCUUCGGACUCGGGUCACAGUACCAUUAGCCAGGUGACUAAUAGUUCCAAUGAUUGCCACUCCUACCAGCAGCGCUGUCCGAGUCCGCCCAGACAUCCACCACCUAUACCAGGCUGGUUUCCCCGUAAUGGUGCUAUGCCCCCUUGUGCUCAUGCUGUGGCCGUUUUACCCCCUUUACCUCAUGCUUUGCGUAAUGUCAAUGGUCCUGGAAGAAGACAACCUCCUGCGUACAGCGUAGCGGCCCAAAUGGCGAGGUUACAUAGGUUAGGUAGGGCGCACUCGCACGAAGGCGUCACUCAGGGUUACCAUUAUCAUACAGAUCCAGAUACGGAUCAGGGUGACGACAUAUUUGAUUCAUCAAGUGAAUGUGACACUGUCAUUAUUAUGGUCUAA